UCCCCUUUUUUUUUCUGAUUCACCAAUAUAUUUUGUUCUUCUAAAAAAAAAAAAAAAGCAGUUACAUUCCUUGUGGCUGGUGUGAGCUGAUUUGUAACAUCAAGACUUAAAAACUGCUGUUCCUGAGACAACAUCGCUUUGGCCUCCGUUCUGGGCGAUUCUGGUCCUCAUGCUGCAGUGGGCAGUUUUACUGGUCCUGGGUCCUGUCACUGGACAAUCGGUCAGAGAACAAUUUACAAAUGCAUCCAAAUCAGUGAUUUCCGUAUACCCUCCAUGGACCAAUCACUUUGUAGGAAAGACAGUGACUCUGUAUUGCCACAAAUCUGGCUUCCUGACACAUUACGUAAAAUGGUACAAUGGGUCUCAACUACUAAAGUACAGUACAGCAAAGACACUUGAGGUCCAGACAUCUGGAGACUUCAAAUGCCAAGCUGACAACUUACCUCCAAGUGUAUCUGUGCACUUGGAUUUUUCCAAAGCUCAGCUGAUCCUACUGGCUCCAUUUGAGGUAUUUGAAAGGGAUUCUGUGGUUUUAAAAUGCCAAGCAAGGAAACAAACAGAACUGGGUACUAUCACAUUUUACAAGAAUAACAAAAAAUUACCUCAUGAAGGCAAUGACUACCAAAUUCAACAUGCAGAUCUGAAACACAAUGGUGAAUAUCACUGUACUAACCGACAUGAUAAAUACCAUGCUUCUUCCAACAAGGUCAAAAUCCAAGUCCAAGAACUGUUUCCAAGACCUGUGCUACUCGCCAGACCUUCCCAGCCCACAGACGGAAGCCCAGUGACCCUCACCUGUGACACCCAGCUCUCUCCACAAAAAUCAAAUGUCCAGCUGAAGUUCUGCUUCUUGAAAAAUAACAGGGUCCUGGGGCAAGGCUGCACCAGAUCCCGGGAGUAUCACAUUCCUGCCAUAAGGAAAGGAGAUUCAAGGUCUUACACAUGCCAGGCAGUGACAGAGAGUUCCCGUAUUCGGAAAACCAGCCAUCAAUUCCAAAUUCCUGUGCAAAUCCCUGUGUCUCAGCCUGUCCUCACCCUCAGCACUGCUAAGGCCAAUGCUGUGGAGAGAGACAUGGCAACACUGCACUGUGAAGCCCAGGAAGGCUCUCCACCCAUCUGGUACCAGUUCUACCAUGAGGAUGUCCCCCUGGGGAGAGGCACAACCUCCUCUACAGGAGGAGCAGCCUUCAGCUUCUCUCUGACCGCAGAGCAUUCUGGAAAGUACUAUUGCACAGCUAAAAAUCAUCUGAGGAUCCUGCGCAGUGAAGCUGUGAGCCUCUUUGUCACUGUUCCAGUGUCCCGCCCUGUCCUCACUCUCAGGACCCCGAGGGCCCAGGCUGUGGUGGGGGACGUGAUUGAACUUCACUGUGAGGCCUUGAGAGGCUCUCCCCCGAUCCUGUACCAGUUUUAUCAUGAGAACAUCAUCCUGGGGAACAGUUCCGCCCCCUCUGGAGGAGGAGCAUCCUUCAACCUCUCCUUGACUGCAGAACAUUCUGGAAAUUACCUCUGCAAAGCUAACAAUGGCGGGGAGGCCCAGCACAGUGACACAAUAACACUCAAAGUCACAGUCCCAGUGUCCCACCCUGGCCUCAUUCUCAGGAUGCCCAGGGCCCAGGCCGUGGAGGGAGACAUGAUAGAGCUUCACUGUGAAGCCCUGAAAGGCUCACCUCCAAUCCUAUACCAAUUUUACCACGAGAAUGUCACUCUGAGAAGCAGCUCGCCGCCCUCUGGAGGAGCAUCCUUCAACCUCUUUCUGACGGAGGAACAUUCUGGAAACUAUUCUUGUGAGGCCAGUAAUGUCCUGGGAGCCCAGAAGAGUGAGGUGGUGACAAUCAAAGUUAUAGUUCCAGUGUCCCAGCCUGUCCUGACCCUCAGGAAGCCCAGGGCCCAAGUUGUGGUGGGAGACGUGGUGGAGCUCCUCUGUGAAGCCCUGCGAGGUUCGCCCCCCAUCCUGUACCAGUUUUAUUAUGAGAAUAUCACUCUGGGGAAUAGCUCAGCCCCUUCAGGUGGAGGAGCAGUCUUCAACUUUUCCGUGACUGAAGAACAUUCUGGAAACUACUCCUGUGAGGCCAACAACAGCCUGUGGGCUCAGCAGAGUGACAAGGUGACACUCUUCAUCACAGGGCUGCCGGGAGACAGAAGAGGUUCUGUAGCUGCAGGACUCACUGGGGCGAUGCUCUGCAUGGUGGUCCUGGCUGCUGGAGCACUGCUGCUCUAUUGUUGGAUCUCAAGAAAAGCAGGUGAAGUGCCUGCCUCUGACCCUACCAGGAGCCAUUCAGACUCAGGCCCCCAAGAACCCACCUACUUCAAUGUGCCAGGCUGGGCAGAACUGCAACCAGUGUACAGCAAUGUGAAUUCUCCAGGAGGAGAUGUGGUUUACUCAGAAGUAUGGCGCACCAAGAAAAACACACAUGCAGUGGCCUCGGAACCCACGGUCCCUGCGAACCAGAACUCCCCUGUCAUCUACACGGAGGUGAAGGCAGCGUACACUCCAGCCUCCAGGCCCAACAGUCAGCCUCCGGAGUGACGCCCUCACACCCGCCCAGCUGCUGCCUCAACCACUACACCUCUCCCUGGGACAGAAGGAUUCCCAAAGUGGGAGGAUUUAACCUGCCCCAGGCUGCCACUAGAAGCCUUUGUGUCAUAUGCCCACUCGCUCAGUGUGAUGAGAGCCCAGAGCCCUGCUGGACUCUGGCCUGUUUCCCUGGCUACAGCCCUAUGCUGGUGGUAUUUUUACUAAGUUGUUCCCAGCACAGGGUGCAUCACAUCUCCUGGCUUCUUUGGUAGGCUUCAGCUGUGAUUGCUGCUGGUGUUCCUCAGCAAGGACAGCCCCUCAACUGUGCUUUUAGGAGUGUAUUUCUCAAUUACCACCCGCCCGGUGGAGUUCCUGCCAUCCUAUGCAAAAUGGAAAGCGCAUAUUCCAAAGAACAGUGGACUAGUUAUCAACCUUCCUCUAGCAGGACUGUGUCUUGCCCUCUCUUGAAAUUCCAUCUGAAACUCUUAAGGUCAGCCCCUGACUCCAGAAUAACUUCUUUCCUUGGCUCAUAUGCCAAUUAUCUACCCACCCAAGUAAGUAGAUCUUACACCCUAGGUCGCUGGUCUUUCUCAGUCUGCCAGAUAUAAGCCUGCAAAGUCAAGGUCAGGGGCACCCUGGAUGAGACAGAUGAAUGUUGGACUAGAGGAGGGACUCAAUUACUUUGAGUGAAAGAACGAAUGUCUGAGAAACUGAGGGCAAGCAAACUGGCAUUAGAUCCACCAUAAACUACCCCAAAAUUCAGAAGGCUUCUCCCCUUUCCCUUGACUAAGAAGUAAAGAGAAGGAUAUGGGGUGGAGAAAAUUGUUCGGCAAGAAAGAAGGGCUUCAGGGGACUGUGAUGUGCUAAUGAUCACAUGAGGUUCCUGGGAAAAUGCAGAUACUGUGACUCUGAGACUCUGUGUGGAGCCUGAGGUUCUGCUUUUCCAACAAGCUUCCAGGUGAUGCAGGUCCAGGGAUCCAGCUGGGAGAGAAGGCCCUGUGGAUCUUGGCAGAGGUCUGUGAGGCAACUCCCAUGGGCCUCUACUGGGUCAUUCUUGAGGAUCACAUGACUCCCUGAGCCAUGCCCCAGCCAGGGCACCCUUGGUGCUGCAGCUAAUUUCUCUAUCACCAAAGACGGUGGUGACAGCCAUCACCUUUGUUUCCCCAUUCAGGCCUCACCCUUUCCUGCUAAAAGAAUGAACACUCAGAGCCAGGUACCUAUAACCUCACCUACUCAGGAGGCUGAGAUCUGAGGAUUGUGAUUUAAAGCCAGCCUGGGCAGGAAAGUCUGUGAGACUCUUAUAUCCGCUAAACUAGCCCCCAAUAAAGAAGCCAGAGUAGAGG